CGGCCUACAGGUACUCCCUGCCAUAGUAGAGUUGCCAAUACAGACAAUACGGUCUGCAAUCUCAAUACACUAUGUGACAUUGUUGAAUUUGUAAAGUCGUGUGCAAGUAACGCAACGCUGUAACGAUUUUCCGAUAAGACGAUGGUUGUUUGAACCAUUUUUCGUGGGAAAAAAUUGAGAACAAUUCGAUAAGGCAAACUCUGAUUUGACAGAACUUUGAGCAAUAACAUGGCUGCCAAAAAUAAUAUAACAGUCCUAACUCCAAAUGGGCGAAGACCAGCCAUUGAAGUUAAUCAGAACACAACAAUUUUGGAGGUUCUUGAAAAAGCUUGCAGCAAAUACAACUUCAAUCCAGAUGAAUAUGAUUUAAAGUACCAUAACAGGAUAUUGGAUGUUGAUUUGACCAUUAGAUAUGCUAAUAUAUCCAAUAAGGCUUGUUUGGAGAUGGUAACUUGUAAAAAUCCUAGAAAAGUAUCAAAUGUUACAAUAUGUGUUCAAUUGGAAACUGGAGAUAGACAGACUGGCGAGUUUGCUCCAACUACAUCUUUAGAGGCCAUUUUAAAAAAUUUAAAUAUUGAGUAUGAUGUUGAAACUGUAGUGAUCGUUUAUACUCAAAGAAAAAUUUAUGGCAAAGAGUUUGAAAAUCUUACAUUAAGAUCAUUAGGAUUAGGAAGUGGCAAAGCUUUGUUCAGGCUGAUGCAUAGAAAUCCAGAGGAAAAUAAAGAACAAGCUCAUGUGUACAAUAUACCUCAAAAACCAAAGACUUUUGAGACUGUAGAUGAUGAUGAAUUUGUGUUCAAGCGGACUCCAGCCCCAGAUCCUAAAAAAAGUAAAGUGUUAGAUCCAAUUUCACUUAUAAAAGCAGAGAAAGAAUCUCAUAAAAAAUGUGAUACCAAUAUUAAUGAUACAAAAACUAAAGUUGCUGCUGAAAAACCACUGAAAGAAUCCUUAUCUUCUUCAGCCUUAAAAAAUGAAAGAGAAGAUAACAAAAAAUCUAAGCUUUCAGAAGACGUAGAUUUAGAAAAGAAUGAAGAGGUUGAAGACAAAAUUUUACAAGAAGUGCCUGAAGUUCAAAUUAUAGGAGAAAGAGAUGCUCUAUUAUUCAACCAAGCUGGUGCAAAACCAAUGAAUCAAAAUCCUGUACCUGACAGUUUUUUUGAAGUCACAGUGAAUGAUAUCAGAGCUUUAAUUCGUGAUGCUAGAAAUGCACAAAAUGACGCACCUCUUUCUACAGCAGCUAUGAGACAAAGAGAUAAGGAUAAUGCACAGAUGGAGCAGCUCCGUAAAUACAAAACAGUAAUCAUACGUAUACAAUUUCCUAGUCAGCUAGUUCUUCAAGGAUUUUUUACUCCAGUUGAAACGGUGCAAACUAUUAAAGAUUUUGUAAAGACUUACCUUGAGAAUCCUUCAGAAGAUUUUAAUUUAUAUACAACUCCUCCUAGAUGUGAUCUCGUACCCAUGGAUCUAUUAAUUGAUUGCGGCCUAGUACCAAGUGCCAUUAUUUACUAUGCUGGUACUUCCGACCUUAAGCCAGAAAUAAAAUCAAAGCUAACAGAUCCUAUGGCAGCAAGUUUACAUGCAUCUAAUACAAGACUAUCAACUAUGCGACAAAAUUGUGAUUUGGAUGAUCUAAAAAAUGAAAUACCACAACUUAAUAAGGAGGUAAUAGUAUCAUCAAUUUCAUCAUCAUCAUCUUCGUCACUCGUUCCGCGGCAAACGAACAGAAACGAGCCUCAGCCUUCGAGUUCCACUGCAUCACCGUCUGGAGCAAGGAAGGUUCCUAAGUGGCUCCAACUUUCGAAAAAAUAAACUAUAAAUUGUUAUUGUAUCAUAAAUCUUAUUAAAAUGACAAUAAUUUAGUGGCAUUUAAUUUAACACACAAACUUUUUAAGGCAAAAAGAUAAUUUAAUAUUUUCAUAAUUUCAUUACUUGCUAUGUGGUACUAUUUAUAUACUAUUUUUGACAACUUUAAUGUAAAAAAAUUUAUCAUGCCAAAUAAAAUAUCAAACACAUA